AUGGCUUUGGCUCUCAGGUUCUUCACAUGCGUCGUUUUGAUGGUGUGCAUAAUUGCAUCUGUAGAUGCAUCAAUCAAAUGUGACACAGUGGCAAGUAUCUUGACUCCAUGUGCCAACUACCUAUCGAAAGGUGGGGCAGUACCAGCUCCAUGUUGUGAAGGAGUUAAAAAGUUGACCAGUUUGGCUCAAACCACACCAGAUCGCCAACAAGCGUGUCAAUGCAUACAAUCCGUUGUCAAAGGUAUUUCUGGUCUAAAUCCAAGUCUAGCUUCUGACCUUCCUAAAAAAUGUGGUGUUAGCAUUCCUUAUCCCAUUUCCAUGAGCACUAACUGCAAAAACAUCAAGUGA